AUGCAGAGACCUGCCGGCGUACCUCGCCCUCACCGCGCGAACCCCCGAUCAGCAGAGUAUCGCGAGAGAAUCACACGAAUGCAAGCUGCACGGCUCUUUUUUCCGCCACACCUGUUUGUGUACGACCAUACGGUCAACGGCAUGAAGGCGGUGAUCCGCUACAUCCUCGAUGAGUCGGAUUGGUCUGAGCGCAAAUCGACUCACGGCGCAACUGUUCUGUCGAGUACUCCGUUUGAACGGAUGACAGUGACCCAAUGGCUGCGACACACGUUGUUUCGAGGGAGGUGGUCUGGGAUCGCGACCAAGGCGGCGUCGUGGGAGGAAGGGAUACGAGCAAUUUGCGCGACGCGACCGGAGUAAAGUUUGCAAAAACCAGUGGCCGUUAGAUGGUGAGCAUUUCGGAGGAGGAAGCAAGUUUGCAUGAGAUGGCAACGUGGACUAGACCGAGCUGGUUGUUGG